GGGUCCUCACCAUAUUUAUACCAUAGUGCUUUUCCGGCAGACCUCGAUGUAGCCGUACGUGCCGCCUGACGGCAUCCAAAACAUACUAUAUCAUCGGCCCAAUUGCAGUUCAGUUCUGCAGCUUCUGUGUACCGCUUCUUUCUGACCAUUUUGACUCGACCAUGACACACAUCUGAAUAUUAUUGGCUGCCUUCUAACUCUUCAAGUCUAUCUGCACAAUGUCCAGUCACAGCUUCGGCGCAUAUCAGGAUGAUAGAUGGUCGACAUCGAAUGGUGACCUCGCGAUGCGGACCCCUCUGCCUCCUUCCUCUUCCACUCUCGGACAAACAUCCUCGUCUACAGACGAGAGCCUUGACGAAGUGAGCACGCCCACAAACAGAGAAUCUGAUGGUGGAUCUAUGAGCAACGAAGGAGCUCUUGCUCCUGUCGAUGGAGGCUUUGGAGCUUGGUCGUUUUUGGCUGCUGCAUUUGUAGUGGAGGCCAUUAUUUGGGGCUUCCCAUACGCUUUUGGUUUCUUUCUGUCGGCAUAUCUCGAGGACCCACAAUGGUCGAACCAGAGCAAAGCGAGCAGUCUACUCUCCCUAGUUGGAACCUUGUCAUCGGGUUUCAUCUAUUGUUCUGGUAAAUUUCCAAGCCAUAUCCGGGUGAUCGCCCUUAUACAUCUGAUCUGCUCAGGGACGUUCCUGAAUCCAUUCUUUCGACGCUAUCCUCAACAUCGGAGGACUUCAAUGUGGACAGGUGCUGCUCUAUGCGGUUUUAGCCUUCUUGCUGCUAGUUAUGCAACAAAGGUCAUCGUACUUGUUCUCACGCAAGGUUGCCUCUACGGUAUAGGUGGAGCGCUCACAUAUUUCCCAACACUAUCAUAUUUGCAAGAGUGGUUUGUCCGACGCCGAGGUUUCGCUAAUGGAAUCCUUUUUGCUGGGACCGCCGUAGGAGGGCUUAUUCUUCCUGUAGUGAUCCCAUCUCUCAUCCGCGCCCACGGUACAUCCUUGACUCUCCGUUACCUCUCGGCGGGAACACUUGGGUUGUAUGCUCUUACAAUUCCUUUCAUCCGACCACGACUGCCUGAGAAAAGGGUACACGGCCCUGGAAGGAGAUCCGAUAGUGGCAGACCAUGGCUUAAGGACUGGAGCUGGUGGUUUCUCAUCCUUACGAACACAGUUCAAGGCUUUGCAUACUUCCUUCCGGUCAUCUGGUUGCCUUCCUAUGCUUCCGCACUGGGCGUUUCUUCAUCGACGUCUUCGAUCGUCGUUGCUUUACUGAACGGUGCCGCCGUAUUUGGUCGGAUGUCACUCGGCGCUCUGUCUGACUACUUAUCUCCUUGGCUUCUCGCGUUCAUCACGUUGUCCCUCACAUCGUUUGUAACAUUUGUUUUGUGGGGUGUGGCGGGGCAUGCUGUGGCGGGCCUUCUCGUGUUCGGUGCAGCCUACGGUCUAUUGGCCUCGGGAUUCAGCUCCCUUUACACGGCAUUUGUCAAAUCCAUCGCGAAGGACGAUCUGUCGCUUUCAGUCAAUCUCUUCGGCUUCCUGCUCUUCACGAGAGGGCUUGGAAACGUUCUUUCUUCCCCCAUCUCCACGGUGUUGUUGACCUCCACACAGUCCAUCGCCCACGAAAAAACAGGGUUCGACGUGGAUAAUGGUCGUUAUGAGAAGAUCAUCAUCUAUGUGGGGACUUGUUUCGCAGGAGCGGCAAUGGUAACCUUGGCGGGGUGGAUGAGGGAGAGAAGUCUAGCGGGGGCCCGCAGCAUGAUUGUGUAGUCGAAGUCUGUCUACAGAUGUUCGAUCCAGAGCACAGAAAUACGCCUGUCUAGGCGUUGUUCUACAAACAUCCGUAGAAUCCCAUGUUUUCCAAAAAAAGAGCUUUGUAUACGUAUGAUUGUGCCUAUCUAAGACAUGACCUUGAC